GAUUAAAUUUUUUAGUACAGCAAGUGCGUUUAUGAGAUAACAGUUGUAAAUAAUUUUCUAAAAUAUGCAGUCUAAAGUUUUGUUGUUAAUAUUAAUCGUAAGUUUGAAUUUAAGUUUGGGAAAGGAAUAUACACGAUGUGAAUUUGUUAGAGAAUUAUAUGGCCAUGGUAUGACACUCAAAGAACUGGCAAAUUGGGCUUGUAUUGCAGAACUAGAGUCUGGUUUCAAUACAAAUGUAACGCGAGGUCCAGGAGACGAUGGUAGUAUGGAUCAUGGUCCAUUUAAGAUCAGUGAUCGAUGGUGGUGUGUUGAAGGCUCGAAACCGAGUGCAAAUUAUUGCAGAACAAAAUGCCAAGAGUUGCGAUCAGAUAGUAUUUCAGCUUCAAUAAAUUGCGCAAGAAGAAUUUAUUACCAACAAGGCUAUGGAGCAUGGCAUAACACUUGGCUAAAAUAUUGUGACAACCAGUUACCAGAUUACGAAGAUUGUUUUCCAAUCAUAAGAGGAAGACGUAUGAACUAAACAAAAUGUCCAUACAGCAUACUUUUUAAAUUUUUAAGAAAAAAAAAAAGACCAAGCAUUUAUAAUUUGGAAAAAUAUAAGAU